AUGCAGAAAGUCCAACGAGACCAUGUGCUCAGCGUGGAUCCGCCGUCUCUAGAUGAGAUAGAGGAGGCCUGCCGACAGCGCGAGGAGAAGAGCCGGAACUACACAGGGAAGAGGUGGUCCCAUGGAUGGAGCAUUGAUGGCUGCCCUUACCUGGAAGCUUCGUCGCAGUUCCUCCACCUGGCCGCAGAGAAACCACCAGCUACCGCAGCCACAGCUUGUGCCCCUGCCUGGGCGCCCAGCUAUCCCUACCCGCAAGCCUUGCGCGGGCCUCUGGCACAUUCUACGCAGAAGAGGCCACCUUCCAGCCUGGUUGAGGCGGUGGAAGCUUCAAGCUCAACUUGCGGAACGCUCCCGUGCCCACCUCUCCCGGAAGACGUGCUGCAGUCGUUGGACGACUUGUCAGAAGCACUGGGGAGUUUUGACCAAGCAGGUGUUCUGGCUGCUCUAAGCCAGCUGAGAGGAUUCACGUCUGAGGAGGACAAGCUGAUGAGAAGUCGGGCCAAGGACCUUUUGGAUAGCUACGUUGGAAGAAAAAACUCACCAGCACCCUGCAAACAUUGGAAAGUUCGUGCUCUGGAAAGAGCCAUCUUCAAAUGCUUCCAGACGGCUUGCAUGAAAAAUCCUGAAGGCCUGCAGCACUUCAUAGAGACAUCCCUCCCAGAGCAGCUGCUCAAAGUUCUACAGCCGUACAGAUUGGCCAAGCAGGCUUCAGAAAUCUCAGCACCUUGUGCUCCAGAGGAUGCUUUGUCUCCUUUGCCAAGCGCUGUGGCCGCCGCGGAGACAUCCAGACCACGCGACAACUGUCCAAGUCCUGUGGCACAGUGUGCUAUCACUGCUGGCAAUAUCGGCACAGAGAAGGCGACGCUCUCCAGCGCAGCAUUGCAGCUUCCAUGGGCAUCGGAGGAAUGUUGGGAGAGGCGAUGGGAGCAGGAUCUGGUGUGGCAUCCAGGAAUUCUCUACGCAGCGCAUCAAGCUUUACCGCAGCACAGGUAG